CUACCUUUCCGGUUUCUCUCCGCGGUGCAGGUCACUCCCUCCGUGCUCUGCUUGUCAGGCUCCCUACGCGGUUCAAACUUAGAGUCGCACUGAAACUAGUCUCUUCAAACCGUGUGUUGUUGUUUCCAGGAGUUUCUUUUUUAGCUUUUAAGUGACUUUUUCUUUUUUUAAGCGAUGUGUUAAAGUGUGUCGUUGCACCGGGUGAGGAAGUAUCAGCAGUUUCUUCGCGUUUUUAAGUUGAAAAGCAGCGGGGGGAAAUGUCCAGCUGAGGAUUGGAAAUCCUGAAAACCGCAGGGCCUAUUUUUGUAAUGAUUGAUCAAUGCUUCGACAAUGGCGGUAAAGGCACAAGUUUUGUAUGACUUCAUUGCUGAGCCUGGAAACAACGAGCUGACGGUGAAAGAAGGCGAGACAGUCACUAUAACCAAUCAGAAUAUUGGCGGCGGCUGGAUUGAAGCACAGAACUCCAGGGGAGAUGUUGGACUGGUGCCAGAAGACUACAUUGAGCUCAGUCAGCAGUUUCCAGCGUUCCCAGCAGCAGGAACCACAGCACCUACCCCGAAUGUAGCACAUGUUCCAGCUCCAGACCUGUCCAUCUUUGAUGCCUAUGCACCCCCGUCAGCACCUGCACAAAACCAGGUGGAUGCUGGGGGCUUAAGUCCCCAGCCGGACACCCCCGACACCCCAGUUUCCCCAUACCUUUCUUCCCCUGAUGAGGCUAGUAAUGGUAAUGAUCCCUGGUCGGUGUGGAACACGGACCCCUCAGGGGGCUCCAACAACAACUGGGCGUCCAAUCCAGAGGGCACCCAGACUGGGAAGAGUGCUGCUGACCCCUGGAGCUCCCAGGGCCACCCUCAGGCUUACCAGGGCCCAGGAGCAGAGGAUGACGAGUGGGAUGAUGAGUGGGAUGACAUGAAGUCAACCGGGGGUUACACCGAGUCAGAAUCUGGAGACGGUGGAGCGAUGCAAAGAGGAGGAGCUCAUGCAACUUCAAUGAAAAUAUCCCUCAACAACAGGUUUCCUGGAUUCUCUAAGUCUGGUCCUGAGCUCUACCUCCUAUGCAAGCAGUUGCCGAAGGGAAAAGACAAGCUACCAAUCUAUGUGGGAGAAGUGGGUCCGGUGUGGGCUUACCCCGAGGCUCAGCUAGACUGCGUGGUGGCUGAUCCCAAGAAAGGCUCAAAGAUGUAUGGCCUCAAGAGCUACAUCGAGUACCAAAUCACACCCAAUACCACAAACCGACCAGUCAAUCACAGAUACAAGCACUUUGAUUGGCUGUAUGAGAGGCUGCUAGAUAAAUUCGGGUCAGCCAUCCCCAUCCCCUCUUUACCAGACAAGCAGGUGACAGGACGGUUUGAGGAGGAAUUCAUUAAGAUGCGGAUGGAGCGGUUGCAGGGCUGGAUGACCAGGAUGUGCAGGCACCCGGUCGUUUCCGGCAGCGAUGUAUUCCAAACUUUCCUCACCUACAAGGAUGAGAAGGACUGGAAGAUGGGGAAGAGAAAAGCAGAGAAGGACGAAACGGUGGGAGUGAUGAUCUUCUCCACAAUAGAGCCUGAAGCUUCAGACCUGGAUCCUGUGGAAGUGGAACAGAAAUGUGAGCAGUUCAGCAGAUUUACCAAAGCCAUGGAUGACGGGGUAAAGGAAAUCCUCACAGUGGGUCACGAGCACUGGAAGAGAUGUACAGGCCCUUUACCAAAAGAGUACCAGAGAAUCGGCAAAGCCUUCCAGAACCUCUCGUCUGUCUUCACCAGCAGUGGAUACCAAGGCGAGGCAACUCUGACUGAUGCCAUGACCGCAGCCGGCAAGACAUAUGAGGAGAUAGCUCAGAUGGUGGCAGAGCAGCCUAAGAAGGAUCUUCACUUCCUCAUGGAGACCAACAAUGAAUAUAAGGGUCUUCUUGGAUGCUUCCCAGACACCAUUGGAGUCCAUAAGGCAGCCAUAGACAAGGUGAAGGAGGCCGACAAGCUGGUGGCCGCCAGUAAAAUUACCCCUCAGGACAAAGUCACCAUGGCUAAACGAGUCAGCACCAUGUCUUACACAUUACAAGCUGAGAUGAACCACUUCCAUAGCAACCGUAUCUAUGACUACAACAGGGUCAUGCAGUUGUACUUGGAGGAGCAAGUCAAGUUUUAUGAGACGAUUGCUGAGAAACUGAGACAAGCACACGGUCAGUUUACUACUAUGUGAAAGCAACGGCCUUCAGUCUCGCACUACAAGACAAGAAGAGUUAAACCAGCUCGACAUCCAAAAUAUUCUUGCUUACGCAGCAUUCUUUUCCCUCCCUUUUAAUUUAAAUUUCACUUCUCUCUUUCUCUCACUCUUGAUCCGAAGAACAAGACACACUAUUUACACACACCUCUUACUCUGUUCAAGGUCCGCAGCUUGUGACACAGGAAGUAAAUAUUACAAAGUCACAGUUUGUGGCCGUGUAUUGCUACAUCGCACGAGUCGAGUUUGCAAACAUGCAUGUGCUCACAUUUUGUCUACCUUAUUUUUAAGCAAUACACUGCAGGUUUUGAUUUAUGUUUCCAUGUUAAAAAUGGUAAAGAAAAGGAUUCACGCAUGUUGCAAAACUGUACAGUGUUGUACUGACACCAAAAACCAAAGCCAUCCUCCCCUCUGUCAAUAGGGGACAGCAGGGGGGUUGAUUUCUGAAUGCAGCAUUGGCAACAAAUCAGAGCUUUACUGUCUUUUUCUCAGCCAACAUUAGGCCUGUUUUAAUUAUAGCAUUAGUACCGAUAACAUUUGAGAGAGUCCUAACAUCUCAAGUGGAGCAUUCCUUUAUGAAUCAAGUCUUGGAAGAGCUGGCACAUGCAGAUUGUGCGUCCUGUGUAUGUCCACUGCUGGCAGUCCCUAGUCCUCCCCCCUUUCAUCCUGCACUUCCUCAAAGGCCAACAGGAAGCUCCACCUCCUUCCUGUCUUGCUCACAUGCCUUGUGCCCUUUGAGGAAAAUAGAAAUGGUUGACUUAGUUGCUCCCCCCAGCCUGCGUACCAUGACACUGCAGUUUACAUUUAAGGAGAGAAGACAAAAUGUGACACUCAAGUUGGGGUUUUAUUUUAAGAGUUGGUGAAUUAAUACCUCCGUGCGGGCAGUGCCAAACAUGAUUUCUCUCUCCCAGUACUCCUGAAGAAUCUCUGUCCUUUCUUCUUUUUUUUUUUUUUGACCAGAUGAUGGUGUUUUUAUAUGAAGGCGUAAGAGCAAUAUUAAAUGUAAGAAUCUGUACUAUAAGAUGAGUUUGGGAUGGAGCCACGGAUUUAGUCAUGUUUUCAGUUUUGCUUUUGCUUUUCACCACCCAGUUUUCAAUCAGCUUCUAAUCUUGUUCACUCUUUGUUUCCUUAUCACUUGAUACAUGAAAAAUAUGCAUAUAAAUAUAUAAAUAUAUAUAUUCUAUCUGACCUAUCAGGUGCUUCUUGUCACUUAAAUACUAUUUUAUGUAUAGAAGUAUUUGCAAUAUAGUGUAACAAAGAGGAGCAGAAAUUCUGUUUGAUUUAAUAAACAAUGAUUUGUACUCAU